UGGAGGGGGAUGUCAAGUUUGAGCCCUCACCUCCGAUUUUAUCUGUUUCUUGAAACAUGAGUGCAUGAUGCUGCUGUCGUUUAAUAUCAUAUCUUGGCAGGUUCGACACUAGGGCCGAGGUUGUCCAAAGAUCUUUGUUUAUUCCGGUGUUCGCUGCCGUUAUCUUCCCUAGUAGCUGUAGAUAUCUUCUUCUUCGUCUCCAAAUCCAUUGUCCAUGGCACUGAGGCCUCGCUGCUCUUGAAAUCCCCUCCUUUUGGAACCCCAAUCCAUGGAAGCAGCCCUGAGUUCCUCCUUCACCCCCACUUUCCACGCCAUCCCAUACCCAAAUCCCCCCAGAAACCCCAACCCAAAACCCACUCCCAUCUUCCUCUGCUCUGCCACCCGACCAGACCCUUGGACUCUCAGCGAUGGCAACAACAACAACCUUAACAAACCCAAACCCAAGUCUAAGAACCCCAAAAACCCUCUCUCCGACGACAACGCCCGCCGCAUCAUCAAGGCCAAGGCCCAGUACCUGAGCGUCUUGCGGCGCAACCAGGGCUCGCACGCCCAAACCCCCAAAUGGAUCAAGCGGACUCCCGAGCAGAUGGUUAGGUACCUUGAAGAUGAUAGAAAUGGCCAUUUGUACGGUAAGCAUGUUGUCGCCGCCAUUCAAACGGUUCGGAGCCUCUCUGGGAAGCCGGAUGGGUCGUACGAUAUGAGGAGAGUGAUGGGUUCUUUCGUCGCCAAGCUUACCUUCAAGGAGAUGUGCAUUGUGCUCAAGGAGCAGAAGGGUUGGAGGCAAGCGAGGGACUUCUUUGCCUGGAUGAAACUUCAGUUGAGCUACCGGCCCAGUGUCAUUGUGUAUACAAUUCUUCUGCGAAUAUAUGGCCAAGUUGGCAAAAUCAAACUUGCUGAACAGACCUUCCUGGAGAUGCUCGAGGCUGGAUGUGAACCAGAUGAGGUUGCAUGUGGUACAUUGCUGUGUGCAUAUGCCAGAUGGGGACGCCACAAGAGUAUGCUAUCUUUUUAUUCUGCCAUAGAAGGGAGGGGGAUCAUGCUCUCUAUUCCAGUUUUCAAUUUCAUACUCUCAUCUUUACAAAAGAAGUCACUCCAUGGAAAUGUUAUAGAUUUAUGGAAGCAAAUGGUUCACAAAGGGGUUCUGCCUAACCAUUUUACUUAUACUGUUGUCAUUAGCUCAUUUGUGAAAGAAGGUCUACCUGCAGAAGCCUUUAAGGUGUUUAAUGAAAUGAAGAAUCUGGGUCUUGUACCUGAGGAGGUAACUUACAGCUUGCUUAUCAGUUUAAGCUGCAAAAAGGGUAACCAGGAUGAAGCACUCAGACUCUACGAAGACAUGAGAUUGCAACGAAUAGUUCCUAGUAAUUACACGUGUGCUUCUCUGCUAACACUGCAUUAUAAAAGUGGAGAUUAUCAUAAAGCCGUUUCCCUGUUUUCUGAAAUGGAAAGGCACAAAAUUGCUCCAGAUGAAGUCAUAUAUGGCUUACUUAUUCGGAUAUAUGGCAAACUUGGUCUUUAUGAAGAUGCCCAGAGGACAUUUAAAGAGAUUGAGAAGUUGGGCCUACUUAGUGAUGAGAAAACUUAUAUAGCAAUGGCUCAAGUCUAUCUCAGUUCUGGAGCUUGUGAUAAGGCUUUGAGUACUAUGGAACAGAUGAAGAGUAGAAAUAUUUGGUUUUCUAGAUUUGCUUAUAUUGUCUUAUUGCAAUGUUAUAUAAUGAAGGAAGAUUUAGUUUCUGCUGAACUUAUGUAUCAGGCUUUACUGAAGACUGGAAGCCCUGACACUGGUUCUUGCAAUAACAUGCUUGAAUUGUACACGAGACUGAGCCUAAUUGAAAAGGCCAAGGAUUUUGUGAUUCAUAUAAGAAAAGAUAAAGUCAAAAUUGACCCGGAACUUCUCAAGAACAUCCUUAAAUUAUAUUGCAGGGAAGGAAUGUUAAGAGAUGUGGAACAUUUGGUGGAAGAAACGAGUGCAAGUGGACUCUUUGAGAACUCUAAGUUCAUGCAAAUAUUUUAUAUGUUGAUGCAUGGAGAAUCAAGGGGAUAUAACAAAGUUGAAGACAGCUUAGAGCACUUAGAUCAACAUGGUGCUCUAGCUUUUGAGCUGAUGCUUAGUUUGAGUUUGGCUGAUGGGAAAUCCAGUAAGACAAAAGAAAUACUUAAAUUGCUACUGAAGAGUGCUAAUGGCUUGUCUGUUGCCAGUCAGCUUGUUAAUAAAUUGAUCAAAGAAGGUAACAUAUCAAAAGCAGAAUAUCUUUACAAGCUAUUGAUUGAACUAGGCCAUAUCCCAGAGCAUGUUGCAACUGCUUCUAUGAUUAGCUUCUAUGGAAAGCAACAAAAGCUAAAACAGGCACAAAAGGUUUUUGAAAUGGUGGGCAGCUCUCCAAUAAAUGCAAAACCUUUAUAUAAUUCAAUGAUUGAUGCAUAUGCUAAAAGCGGUCAACUAGAAGCUGCAUACUUGUUUUACAAGGAAGCAUUGGAGAAAAAGCAGGAUUUGGGGGCUGUGGCUAUCAGCAUGCUUGUAAAUGCUCUAAGUAAUGGUGGAAAAUAUCGAGAAGCAGAGGAUGUCAUCCAUGGCAGCUUUUGCAACAACUUGGACCUUGAUACAGUGGCAUACAACACCUUCAUCAAGGCCAUGCUAGAAGCAGGUAAAUUGCAUUCUGCAGCCAGCUUAUAUGAGCGCAUGCUUUCUUCGGGAGUCAUUCCAUCAAUUCAGACAUAUAGCAUAAUGAUUAGUGUACAUGGACGGGGCCGAAAUCUGAAUAAAGCUGUAGAGAUGUUCAACGUGGCUCAAACUAUGGGUGUUUCUUUGGAUGAGAAGGCAUAUACCAAUUUGAUAUGCUACUAUGGAAAAUAUGGUAAAGUUCAUGAAGCAUCCCUUCUGUUUAGCAAGAUGCAGGAUGAAGGAAUAAUACCCGGGAAGGUCAGUUACAAUAUUAUGAUGAAUGUGUAUGGUACUGCAGGACUUCAUCGGGAAGCAGAGGAACUCUUCCAAGCCAUGCAGGAAGAUGAUAUCUUACCAGACUCCUUGACCUACCUUGCCCUUGUUCGAGCUUAUGCGGAGGGACUAAAGUACUCAGAGGCAGAGGAAGCCAUUAUUUCGAUGCAGAAAGGAGGGAUUUCCCCUUCCUGUGCUCAUUUUAACCUCUUACUCUCUGCUUUCACAAAAGCUGGAUUGAUUGGGGAAGCUCAAAGGGUCUUUGAGGACCUCUUGAAAUCGGGUUUAAGUCCUGAUCCCGCAUGUUAUAGGACCAUGCUGAGGGGUUAUAUGGACUAUGGGCAGGUAGAAGAUGGUAUAUCCCUCUUUGAAAGCAUACAGGGGUCCAUGGAACCGGACAGGUUUAUCAUGAGUGCAGCCGUGCACUUUUACAAGUCAGCGGGCAAGGAACUGAGGGCUGAAGGAAUUUUAAAUUCCAUGCACAGUUUGGGGAUCCCAUUCCUGAAAAAACUCGAGGUUGGACGGAAGGGAAAAUUAAACUUCCCUAGUGCUGCAAGUAGUAUAGAGAAUGCACCGUUAUAUAAUGGAGUUGAAGAAGGAAUUGGACAAGGAUAUACACAAUAAAGAUGGCAAUGGACCCAUCUGGUGGAGGAUGCGACUGUUUGAAGAAGGGGGUUUUGUUGUUUGAAAGGGGUUGGUGUUGGUUUCUCAGAUGACUUCUGCUCUCAUUGUUGGCUUAUUUUGAAGUUUUAAUGCACUGCAUCUGCAUCUGGUGGGAAUGUAUCAUCUUUUGGUGAUUUGGUUGAGUGGAGAGGCUUUCUCUCUUGGCGAAUGGUGAUGGUUCGUGAAGAUGAUGGCACUGUGGAUGCAUUUGCUAGCACAAGCAGGUUGGCCAGGUAGAUUUUGAGUAGAGGUAUACAUGUGUUAUAUGAUGUAAUUGCUGUUGAAAUAUACCGUUGGCUUGACUACAUAUAACAGACAUGUACAGAUAGAAAUGAUGUUGUAAAUGGCUUAUGAAUUUGUUUGGGUGCAGAAUAGAUUUUUCUUUUUAAGUAAA